AUGAGCAAAAUCGCAGAAAAACCUGCCCAAGAUGGCAUCAUCUCUGACAAGCACGAGCACGACUCCAGCUCCCACGACGGCCACGAUUUCCAGACCGUCAACGAGUCGGCUGACAACUCAAACAUCUACUCCCAAGGCGGCAAGAACUUUCGAACCCUUACACGAUGGGACACCAUCUUUAUCCUCGUCGCCAACCAGGUCGGCCUCGGUAUCCUAUCGCUCCCCUCGACUCUCAAGACCCUUGGCUUGGUCCCUGGCAUCAUAGCCAUUCUCGGCAUCGGCGGAAUGUCUUGGUAUACCGCCUACGAGCUUCUGCAGUACUACAGACUUCAUCCUCAGGUGCUGAAUAUCGUUGAUAUGACGCGUUUUGUCGGUGGACGAACUCUAGAGAGUAUUGCUGGUGCCAUGAUGAUGAUUCAGGUCAUCUUUGUUGCUGCUUCUGCUAUGGUUACCAUGUCUAUCGCCCUCAACACCAUCUCUGGUCACGCUACCUGCACUGUCGUCUUCAUCUUUAUCUCAUGCGCUGCAUGCUACCUCUUCUGUAUCCCCCGCACGACCAAAUUUGUCUCAAACCUUGGAAUCCCCAACGCUGUCAGUGUUUUGGCCGCUUGUCUUAUCGUCAUGGUCGUUCUUGGCGUUGAUGGUCCUCGAGGUGUUGACAAGAUGUCUGAGUGGAGCCGAGAAAUCAACAUUGUUGGAAACCCCACUUUCCGUGAUGGUCUUAACGCCUGCUUGAAGAUUGUCUUUGCUUUUGCUGCCAACCUAAGCUUUGUUGGAUACCUUGCUGAGAUGGCCAACCCUAUGGAAGACUUCAAGUUCUGUCUUACUGUCCUUGAGUGUGGUUCCAUGACCCUGUAUGUCGUCUUCGCAGUCAUCUUCUACUGCCUCGGAGCCGAACACACCACUUCGCCAAUCUUGGGAUCUACCGCCCCCAUCUUCUCCAAGGCUGCCUAUGGUGUCGCCAUCCCUGCUAUUUUCGCUACUGGUCUCGCCUACGGUCACAUUGGCUCCAAGUACAUCUUUGUCAACGUCAUGCGCUGGACAGGCAACCUCCAUGAAGUCACUGCCAGCUCCGUCAAGUCAUGGGGUACCUGGAUUGCCUCCGUUACUGGUUUCUGGAUUGUUGUUUUCAUCCUGUCCAACGCCAUCCCUGUUUUUGACUCUAUCCUUUCCAUCACUUCCGCUACUACAAUCUCUUGGUUUACCUACGGUUUCAGUGCUGUCUUUUGGUUCCACAUGAACCAGGGUAUGUACUUCCGUGACUGGAAGAAGAUCAGCCUGACCAUCGCCAACGCCGGUCUCAUUGCUCUGUCCCUCUUUAUGAACGCAGCUGGUCUGUGGGCUUCUAUCACUGAGCUUCUUGACAUUUUCAACUCUUCUUCUGGUGUUCGUGGUGUCUUUUCUUGUGGAGACAAUGCUGCUGCAUAG